GGCCGCGGACGUUGGACUCGGAUGUGCGGCUGCAUGAGGCGACGGCGGCGGCGACGCUCCGGUCACGGGCGGAUGAAGCUGUGACCCGGUGGGCGGACGUGGUGACUGACGGCGGGGCCUCUCCUGACACCGAGCGCGGAAGAUGGGUAUAAUUGGGGUCCAGCUUGUUGUGAGCCUUCUGAUGGCAUCUCUCAUGCAGAAAUUGGUGCCUCAUUAUUCCAUUGGUCGCUGGCUGCUCUGCAACGGCAGUCUCCUCCGAUUCAGACAUCCAUCAGAUGAAGAACUUCGAACCCUAGCAGGGAAGCAGAAGCCCAAACAGAGAAGAGACAGGAGACAGAAUGGCGUCACUGAAAGCAAACCAGAAACAGUCCCCAAAGAUAUCAAGCUGUCCUUGGAGUCCACACCCAUCAAGCCCCUUGAUGCCUUGGUCCUGCGCUACUACCUGGACUACCAGUGGCUGGUGGAUUUUGUCAUGUAUGCGACCCUGGUUUACAUGUUUACAGAGGUCUACUACAGCCUGCUCAGCAUUCAGAGUGAAGUCAACGUAGGUGUGCUGUGGUGCCUGCUCACAUUGGUCUUUGGGAUUAAGGUGCUCGUCUCUAUGAUGACUCAUUACUUCAAGACUGAGGAAGGAGCAGAGCGCUCUGUCUGCCUGAUCUUUGCCUUUCUCUUCCUACUCAUCGCCAUGUUGGUGCUGGUGGUGCGAGAGGAAUAUCUGGAGUUUGGACUCGAACCAGGGUUUGCCAACUUGUAUGAAAACCUGCGGGUCUUUUUCAGACAGCUAGGACUGGAUAACAUCUGGCCAUACUCGGUGGCCAGACUGAUCUUUAAGCUCUCACUGGUUGGGCUUUCCUCAUUCAUUGGAGCAUGUCUAACAUUCCCAGGCCUCCGUCUGGCUCAGACUCACUUGGAUGCUCUGAAGAUGACGGAAGACAAACCUCUGACACAGUUUCUGCUGUACGCCAACUUCCUGUCACCUGUCAUCAUAUUGUUGCUCUGGGUGAAGCCCAUCAGCAGAGACUUUGUGAUCAGCGCCCCAUACGGGAGUGAGAAGGUUGAGCUGAUGUCCGACUCGACAUACAACACGGCGCGCCUGUGGGUGGUGCUGGGACUCUGCGCGCUGCGUCUGCUGAUGACGCGAUACCACCUACAGGCCUACCUCAACCUGGCCGAGAAGUGGGUGGAGCAGAUGGGGAAGGAGGCUGGAUCCAUCACCAUGAUCGAGAUUCAGCGCAAGGUUUCACGAGUGUUUUGCUACCUGUGCGUGGUCACCGUGCAGUAUCUGGGCCCAGUAAUCCUCAUCUUCCACUCCACUCUGCUGCUUAAAGUCCUGGGAGAAUAUUCCUGGGGUCUGUUCCCGGAGCCACCCAUGGCUUUGCCGGCGGUCGACGUCAGCCCUCGUUCCUUGGAAGAUGCCCCCGAAGAGGAGGGCGACUAUCGAAUAGCUGCCUCACAGAUCAUGGCGGCACUGGGUGCCCUGCGCAAUGUGUUCACCCCCCUUUUUUACCGGGGCCUCUUCUCCUUCCUGACCUGGUGGCUGGCGGCUUGUCAGGUGGGAGGUUUAGGUGGGUUAAGGUGUGAGGUUUAUUUGAGUCGCAGGGGUUAUUGAGGUACGGUUUAGUCGAGGCAAAGUUUAGGUAUGAGGAGAAGUUUGGUAGUGAGGUAUUAUCGAGGCGAGGGGAUUAGUCGAGGUGUAGAUGUGCAGGUGAGCGGAGGUGAGGUGAGGAGAAUUGGGUGUCUGAGAUCGGGAAGGGAGACCGAGGUGCUGCUGAAGGAGACGAGGCCACUGCCUUCUGUGGCAGGGAAUACCUCAUCUAAUUCUCAUCUCAGUGCUAGGCAAAGAGACAUUUCAGGUGAUAUUUUUUGUAAAGAUUUUUUUAGCUGUAUGAGGCCAUUUAUUGAAACAUAUAGAUUAUUAAGGGUUUGGACACACUAGAGGCAGGAGGAUGUUUCCAAUGCUGGGAGAGUCCAGAACCAGGGGCCACAGUUUAAGAAUAAGGGGUAGGCCAUUUAGAACGGAGAUGAGGAAAUACUUUUUCACACAGAGUUGUGAAUCUGGAAUUCUCUGCCUCAGAAGGCAGUGGAGGCCAAUUCUCUGGAUGCUUUCAAGAUGAGAGCUAGAUAGAGCUCUUAAAGGUAGCAGAGUCAGGGGAUAUGGGGAAAAGGCAGGAACGGGGUACUGAUUGUGGAUGAUCACGGUGAAUGGCGGUGCUGGCUCGAAGGGCCGAAUGGCCUACUCCUGCACCUAUUAUCUAUUGUCUACUUCAUGAAAUAUAUAUCUUUUGGGGGUUAUUUUACUGCGUAUGUGUUAGAAAACUACCAGCAGAAAGUUUGAGAAUCACUUUCAAUUUAUUGAAAAUGCAGGAGCUUCAGGGGGAGUUGCCCUCUGAGACCCCCACCGGGGCACUGCCCCUGGACCCUGCCGGGGGCCUAGCCAGCCUCCUGGACCACCGGCCAAUACUUCCUACUUUUUUUCUGGAGAUGAAUAUCAUGCUUAGUCCACAAUUUGGGGUCUACUGUCUGAUAAUUCAAUACAAAAUAAUAGUUAAAAUAAAAAUUAAAAGGUUAUUAAAGUAUCAUGUAGGCGAGCGUAAAUGAAAAAUUAAGGAUGUUUCAUUCUAAAUAUAUUUAAUGUAAAAUAAUUAUAUAAUUUAAAACACUAUUAACAUUUAUGACAGAAAUUAAAAUUUGUGGUGAUCUGUCGUGGAACGACCCCAUUGUAGAGGAUAACAGUGGUUACCCAGACCUUGUUGCUGGUUGCGAAAGGGCCCCCAUAACAGCUCAAGCUUCAGGGCCCCAAAAAUGUAGGUCCGCCACUGCCUGAGCGACAGUGAGAGAUUGGGCAGGCUAUUCCUUGGAGCGCUGGAGGAUGAGGAAUGGCAUUAUAGAUGUGUAUAAAAUCAUGAGUGGAAUAGGCAGGGUGAAUACACAGUCUUUUACCCAGGGUAGGGAAAUCAAAAAUUGGAGGACAUAAGUUUAACAUGAGAGGGGUAAGAUUUUAUGGGAACCUGAGGGGUAACUUUGAGAGGAAGUAGUAUAGGCUGAUACUAUAACAACAUGUAAAAGACAUUUGGGUAGGUACAUGGAUAGGAAAGCGAUAGGGGCCAAAUGUGGGCAAUGGGAUUUACUUAGAUGAGGUAUCUUGGUCGCUACCCAUGUGCUGGGCCGAAGGGCCUGUUUCUGUGCUGUAUGACUCGACUUUGAAAACUUGACAGCUCAUUUUACCCCCUGCGGUUUGGGGGUCUCCGAUGUGAUUGUAACCAGAACAAGUCCCAGUGAUGGUGGGUUAUACAAGGGAGGAGUCAGAGGUGAUUGAACUCCCUGCUGCUCUCGGAGAGAAUGGCGGUGGGACCUGCUAGCAUCUGAAGGCAGUGGAACCUCAGCGUGGUCUGAUCUGAGGAUCAGUGCCUCUGACUAGAAGCUGCGAUGUUUCACUACCUCCUGAGGCAGGGGGAAUAUAUGGGGCGAGCGAAUGGUGUUUACAGUGGGGUCUUGCCAGCCAGGGAUGCCCUCCAGAGAGUGCCAUCUUCAUGCUGUUGUUCUGCAUCUGUGUAAGAUGGUGAUUAUGUAAUUAAUCCGUAUGGUUUUCAAACCAGGUCUGUCUGUGAAUGUGCACCUGUAGUGGGUAUCACUCACACUGGUCAUACAACAGAAGGGGAAAUGUUUCCGUAAUAGGUUUACAUCAGUUUAUACUAAACAUCGGUGCAGCAAGUCAUCACUGGUGGUGUGGAUGGGAAAAAGGGGGUGCAGGUUUCUGCAGCAGAAAUGGUCACCGUGCUCCUUCAAUAUCAUCUCCCGUUUAUAUGUUUCCUAUUUCCUCUGACCACAUGUCACUCCUCUUAUUUGACACCCUUUUUGUCUCCAGCCUUUGUCACUUCACCCAUUUUCUAAUCGCCCCCCUCGGCUGUACCCACCCAUCACGUGCCAAAGUUUGUCCCACCCCUACCUCUCUCCAGCUUUCUAACCCCUUUUCCCAUCCUGCUCUCAGUCUGAGGAAGGGUCCCAGCCUGAAAAGUAAUUCGUCCAUUUCCCUCCAUAGAUUUUGUCUGACCCGCUGAGUUCCUCCAGCACGUUGUGUUUGUCUCAGGAUUCCAGCCUCUGCAUUUCCUUGUGCCUCCACUGCAGUCCUGCCCUCUGCCCAGCAGGGUUCGCUGGCUAGAUUCCUGCCUCCACACGGCGACCACUCGGACUGGGUUCGGGAGGGGUUAGCUGUCCGGAGCCGCUGACCAAGGCCUCGCCUGUCCCUCCCCCCCCCCCCCCCCCCCCCCCCCAUGGAGUUGUAGAGGAUGGAAUAUGUUCUCACUGACCACUUGCCCUAAGGUCCCCGUCUCCCUGAACAUAAAACAGUGCAGACCGACCCAAAACAUCCCCUAUCCAUGUUCCCCAGAGAUGCUGUCCGGAAACAGGGGCCACAGUUUAAGAAUAAGGGGGUAAGCCAUUUAGAACGGAGAUGAGGAAAACCUUUUUUAAACAAGGUUGUGAAUCUGUGGAAUUCUCUGCUUCAGAAGGCAUUGGAGGCCAAUUGGCUGGAUGCUCUCAAGAGAGAGUUAGAUAGAGCUCUUAAAGAUAGUGGAAUAAGGGGAUAUGGGGUGAAGGCAGGAAUGGGGUACUGAUAGUGGAUAAACAGCCAUGACCACAGUGAAUGGCGGUGCUGGCUUGAAGGGCCGAAUGGCCUACUCGUGCAUCUAUUGAUCUGCUGAAUUAUUCCAGCACCGCCUGUCUUUUUUUAUGUAGACCAAUAUCCGCAGUUAUUUGUUUCUACAUAAAACAGUACAGCACAAUACCAGGCCCUUCAGCCCACAAUGUCUCUGCUAAACACGAUGCCAAGUUAAAAUAAUCUCAUUUGGCUGCACCUGAUCCACAUCCCUCCAUUCCCUGCAUAUCCACGUGUCAUCUAAAAUCCUCUUAAACGCCACUAUGAUAUCUGUCCCCGCCAACACCUCCAGCGGCACGUUCCAGGCACCCACCUCUCUCUGAAAUAAACUUGCAUCUCCUUCAAAUGUUGCAUCUUGCGUCUUAAAGCUAUGCCCCUAGUCUAACAUUUGCCACCCUGGGAUAAAGGUUCUGGGUGUUUUAGAAGGACACAAUAUGCUGGAGUAGCGCAGUUGGUCAGGCAGCAUCUCCAGACAAGUUGCCUGACCCGCUGAGUCACUCCAGUACUUUGUCUUUAUUUCUAAACCAGCAUCUGCAAAUCUUUGUGUCUCCCCUAUCUACGCCCCUUAGCCUCAUACGCUCCAGAGGAAACAAUCCCAAGUUUGUCCAACCUCCUUGGAGCUAAUACGCAGGCAGCUCUCGGCAGCGUGAUUCCCCUAAUUGUAAAAGCGCACACCUCUUCACUUCUGAACGUCUACUGUAAAGCAAAUUGCCUUCAGUUCGGGUUCAGUAAACCAUCUGAUCCAUGUCCCUCUGAGACCCUCUUUUGUGUGUGUCGGUGUCUGUGCAGAAGUCUCUGCCUCCGCCCUCUAUUGUGUGUCUGGGGCACUCACUGGUGUACAGAGAUCAGCCCAUACAGACUCCCGGAGGACUCGCAUUUCACCGAUAUGUCUGAGUCCCGCUCAAAUGACUUAAUUAUGAAGCUGUGUGUUUGUUGAAGGGCCAGUCCGCCCCGGUCAGAGGCACAUUAAAUAUUAAACCCUCCUAUUAGCCGCCCUCUGCCGCUGCAUUUUAUCGCUACACCUCAUUCGUGGUGCCGCUGGGAUUGUCAGAGUUGCGGGGAGAGGGAGGGCCUGAGUGUGGGUGUGUGUACACUCCUUCUGGGGUGAGGGCUGUGUACACUACCUCUGGGGUGAGGACUGUGCCGUUCCGCUCUGUCCGAGCCAUGUUGGCCCUCGCUGGUUUUAACAUUUCAAGGGGUGUAGAAUUGAGCGCAUUUUUGAAUGCUGUGCGUGUGUGUGUUUGGAUUAAUUUAAAAAGUGUAAUAUAUUUAAAAAUC